GACAUAGAAGCAUUUUAGCAACAAAGUCUUAUCAACAACAUUAACAAUAUCAAAAACUCAGGGAAGAACAAAAAACGAAGAGAGAAGAAAAUGGGAGAAGAAGCCAUAGCAAACGUGUUAGUCUUCUCGGUUCCGAUCCAAGGACAUAUUAACCCUCUCCUCCAGUUCUCAAAACGUCUAAUCUCCAAAAACGUCACCGUCACAUUCCUCACCACUUCAUCCACCCACAACAACAUCAUCCGCCGUGCCACCGCAGGAGGAGCCGCGGCUCUUCCGCUCUCUUUCGUCCCCCUCGACGACGGCUUCGAGGAAGGCCACCCAUCUAACGACUCAUCUCCCGAGUACUUCGCAAAGUUCGAGGAAAACGUCUCUAGAAGCCUCUCUCAACUUAUCUCCUCCAUGAAACCUAAACCAAACGCCGUCGUUUACGACUCGUGUACGCCUUGGAUUCUCGACGUUUGCCGGAAAUAUCCGGGCGUCGCUGCGGCCUCAUUUUUCACUCAGUGCUCUACCGUGAAUGCCAUAUACAUCCAUUUCUUGCGUGGAGAGUUUAAGGAGUUUCAAGACGACGUCAUCUUGCCUGCGAUGCCUCCGUUGAAAGGUAGUGACCUGCCGGUGUUUCUGUACGACAAUAAUCUUUGCCGACCGUUGUUUGAGCUCACUUGUAGCCAGUUUAAGAAUGUUGACGACAUUGACUUCUUCUUGGUUAACUCUUUCGACGAACUCGAAGUUGAGGUGCUAGAAUGGAUGAAGAACCAAUGGCCUGUCAAGAACAUAGGACCAAUGAUUCCAUCAAUGUACUUAGACAAACGUUUAGCAGGCGACAAAGACUAUGGAAUCAGUCUCUUCAAUGCUCAAGUCAAUGAGUGCCUUGAUUGGCUUGACUCAAAACCGCCUGGUUCAGUGAUUUAUGUCUCCUUCGGAAGCUUAGCGGUUCUAAAAGACGAUCAAAUGAUCGAACUUGCUGCCGGUCUAAAACAAACCGGCCAUAAUUUCUUAUGGGCGGUUAGAGAAACGGAGACAAAGAAGCUCCCAAACAAUUACAUAGAGGAAAUUGGCGAGAGAGGACUGAUAGUGAAUUGGAGUCCUCAGCUACAGGUUCUUGCGCAUAAAUCGACUGGUUGUUUCAUGACGCAUUGCGGGUGGAAUUCAACUCUAGAGGCAUUGAGCAUAGGAGUUGCUUUGAUUGGAAUGCCGGCUUACAGCGAUCAGCCGACUAAUGCUAAGUUUAUAGAAGAUGUGUGGAAGGUUGGAGUUAGGGUUAAGGCAGAUAAAGAUGGGUUUGUGACAAAAGAAGAGAUUGUGAGAUGUGCUGGAGAAGUUAUGGAUGAGACGUCAGAGAAAGGGAAAGAGACUAGGAAGAAUGCUUUGAGAUUGAUGGAGUUUGCAAAAGAAGCUUUGGCUGAAGGAGGAAACUCUGAUAAGAAUAUUGUUGAGUUUGUUGCUAAAAUUGCUAGGUAAACUGAUAGUAAUAAUGUAAUUUGUGUUGUUGUUGUUGUGUUGGAGUUGGUUUUGGUCUGAACAACGUGAAAAUAAUUGGAGCCGGAGCAAGUUUGGUGAUUGAAAAAUACAGAAACUAAGAAGUUAAGUUUUAUGCAUUUUUGAGUGCGUCAGCGGGGAAGAUGAGAAGAAAACUGGUAUGUCAUGUCACCUCGUCUCUCAAUACAAACGAACAGAGCCAAAGGGCAACUAGAGUUAUUCAUUUCGAGAGAAUGCAUGUACUAUUAUUAUUCUUCUUCUUUUUGGAUAAAGGUUUCAUACAUGAUACGUACAUCAACAUUAGUUUCAAAUUCAUAAUGAAGUUCGUAAACAAUAAUCGUGUGCUCUUUUAUUA